UGGCCCUCGGGAAUGCCAGUGCGGGUGAAGGAACCCAAAGCCAGAGAAUUCCGCACGCCGGAGGGAGGCCCGCAAGCGGAGCGCUGAAUCAGGGUGGACUACCGACUGCUCACAACGCAUUUGAGGGCCUGGGCGGGCGAGCCCAGCCGGAGUCCCCGGUCCCUUGGUUUAAAAAAAAAAAAAAAAAAAAAAAAGGAAGACUGCCGAGGAUAGUGCUGUGGGGGUCGCGGGUGAAGGUCCUGUUGGAGGUUAUAAGAGGAGUCAUGUCAGAAGAAACAGUAAACGAAUCACAGUUUUCCUUGAAGACUGCAGUACUAAGAGUGUUUGAUCUUCCUCUGUCUUGGUACUAUUCUCUCUCCCAGAUAAGAUUUUCACCAGUAGCAAAAAAACUGUUUGUGGUAACUGCAGUGAGUGCUGUAUCUGUAAUUUUUCUGGCCCAUCACUUUAAAAGAAGACGUGGAAAGAAGAAAGGAAAAAUAUUACCAUGGGAACCAGAGCACCUCGUACUUGAAUACACUAAAAGAGCAGCAUCAGACAAAGGUUCAAGUUGUUCCAGUAGUAGACAAAAUUUGACAUUAUCUUUAAGUUCUGCCAAAGACAAAGGAUCUCAGUCUUGUAACUAUGCUAAUGGAGGACUUUUCAGUAAAUAUUCAGGUUCUGCACAGAGUUUAGGCUCCGUCCAGAGUGUCAAUUCUUGUCAUAGCUGUGCUUGCGGCAAUUCUAACUCCUGGGACAAAGCAGAUGAAGAUGAUAUUAAACUUGUCAAUAUUCCUGUGACCACUCCUGAGAACUUAUACUUGAUGGGUAUGGAAUUGUUUGAAGAGGCACUACGUCGAUGGGAGCAAGCUCUCACUUUUCGAAAUAGACAGGCUGAAGAUGAAGCCUGUAGUUCCAUUAAAUUGGGUGCAGGAGAUGCCAUUGCUGAAGAAAGUGUAGAUGAUAUUAUUAGUACUGAAUUUAUCCAUAAACUUGAAGCUCUCCUGCAAAGAGCAUAUCGUCUCCAAGAGGAGUUCGAAGCUACCCUGGGGGCAUCUGAUUCUAAUUCCCUUGUUAAUGAUAUCGAUAAAGAUACAGAUGUCACCAUGAAGGGGAAUGUGGAUGAAUUUGGCCUGCGAGAUACCUUGAGCAUUGCAUCAACUGAUUCCUUUGCUUCAGCAGCAGAGCUUGCAGAACACCGAGAAGCACGGCACGCGUAUAGCCUGGAGUCGCUCUGCCACUGCCCUUUUUAUGAAGAAGCCAUGCAUCUAGUUGAAGAAGGGAAAAUUUACUCGAGAGUGCUUAGAACUGAAAUGUUGGAGUGCCUAGGAGACAGUGAUUUUCUUGCCAAACUUCACUGUAUUCGACAGGCUUUUCAGGUAAUACUUUCGGAAACCACCAACAGGAUAUUCCUUGCUGAGAGUGGAAGGAAAAUUUUGUCAGCAUUAAUUGUGAAAGCACGAAAGAAUCCAAAGAAGUUUGAAGAUGUUUUUGAUGAAAUGAUAUAUUUUUUAGAGCAGACUGAUCACUGGGAUAGUACUGAAAUGGAACUUGCUGCUAGAGGAGUGAAAAAUCUGAAUUUUUAUGAUGUUGUUCUGGAUUUUAUAUUAAUGGAUUCCUUUGAAGAUUUAGAAAACCCACCCACAUCCAUACAGAAUGUAGUAAAUAACCGCUGGCUAAACUCUUCCUUCAAAGAAACUGCUGUGGCUUCAAGUUGUUGGUCAGUGCUGAAACAGAAAAGGCAACAGAUGAAGAUCCCAGAUGGCUUUUUUGCCCAUUUCUAUGCCAUUUGUGAGCAAAUCAGCCCUGUCCUAGCCUGGGGCUUUUUGGGUCCUAGAAAUUCUCUCUAUGAUUUAUGUUGCUUCUUUAAGAAUCAAGUUCUUUUCUUUCUCAAAGACAUUUUCGACUUCGAGAAGGUGCGCUAUUCCAGCAUAGAGACUUUGGCCGAAGACCUCAUGCAGUUACUUAUUCGCCGCACUGAACUCUUAAUGGCCUACCUUGGAGCUGAUGCACUGAGGCAUACAAGUAGUUGUAUAAGUAGUCAUGGUCAUGUUAUGUCCAGUGGCCUGUUGGAAGCCAAAGUACAAUAGGUACCAUAAAAACCAUACAUCUUGAGUGUGCUAUGAAAUAUUUAAGGUAACUAUUGAUUUUGUAACACACAUUACAAGGAAUUGGGGAUAUGGACUCAGGGAGGGAAAAAAAAAUCCAGUAAAGAACAAGUGAUCCUACUAUAUUUACACAGAAGUUCUGUCAUUGAAUCCCUGUGUACUGUAUCCAAAGUGACAUUUUCUAGUCUUUAGGUAAUAAUUUAAGUGUGGUGAAAUGUUGUAUAUUUUACAGAAAUAUUGCUUGAAUUGAAACCAGUUACUUGGGAGUUAAUAUGUCGUCUUGAAGUUGUCUGCAGUGUCCAGUAUCAUUCUCCAAAGCGCUGUUUUUAUGCUUUGCACCUAGAAUAUAUACACUUUAGCCAAGACCGUUGUGGCCCACACAUGUAAGAAUAUAUGACUCCUUGUUUCAACAAGUUUAACUUUGCCUGAAAAUGUAUUUUUCAUUGUAAAGUUAUUCAUUGUUUAAUCAAGUUUGGGCAAUAGUGAUGUUUAAUAUGUACUGCUUAUAUUAUUGCUUGUGCAUUCGCUUAUGUUUGAAUCAAAAAAAUUGUAAUGGCUAUCUUAUAAAACAUUUAAAUGAAUUGACACUGAAAGCUUACAAGUUUUUAUUAGAUUUAUUGCAGUUUCCAAAAUAUAUUAUUUUGGUCCUAUAAGUUAGAAUAGAGACUGAAGAAAUUUCUUUUAUCUUUUUAUAGAUUAGAGCAUUUUCCCUUGAAUGAAUAUUGAUUAAAAAGAUAACAUUUAUUAACUGUGAGAGGUAAUUAAGAUUUUUUGUUUGUGUAGUUUUGAGACUGUCUCCCAAUAAAUAUCUCAAGGUUUUAAUCUGGAUACAGUAAAAUAAUUUUCCUUUCUCCUUUUAUAGAACUUAGCACACUGGGGGUUUGUCAUAUUAUGCCCCUAUUUUUAAAAUAUUCAUACUUUGACUCUUAGUGAAGUUUUAAAGGUUUUUUUUUUUUCCCCUGAAGAUAGAACAAAAUAUUUUUUAGUGUUAUGGAAGUAUAUUUCAUGUCCUUUAUGAUAAAUAAAUGAAUGAACAAAUGGCUUGUUCAUAUGAGGGGUUCUUCAGGGUAUAUUAGAUACAUUCAGAACUGUAUUAAUUUUGUGUCUAAACCAUAUAUACCACUUAUUUAAAGUGACUCACUCAGCAAAUCAAUGGAUUGGAUUCAUUGGUUAUGCUCCUAAGGUGGGUUUUAUUUAUUUUAGGAGUGAGUUACCCAGAAAGAUCUGAAGUAUAUUUUUUAAAAACGAAUUUUUAAAGUGCCUAGUUUCUGAUUAAUGAAUAGAAAAUGAAAAGCAAGGGGAAAAAGCAUAAUCUUUUAAGGUUUUAAAUUUACAUAUGUGCCAUAUAUAUGUAAUAUUGAUUACAAAAUUUGAGUUUCAGAAUCUUUAUGCUGUUUUCAUGUUACUGUGUUCCAUAAUAUGGGUUACAGCAUUAAACAGUAUGAAAUAUUGCUCUGAUAUUUAGCUCCUGACCUUCCUUAUGUAUAUUAUUAAUUUAACAAUUGGCUAUUCGUAACUCUUAUUAUUGAUGGAGGAAUAUCAUUGGAAGUAUCAAAGCUAAAAGUUCCAUUAUAUGUUGUUUUAUUUUUUAACUCAUCUCUUGUAUUUUUAGCUUCUUGUUGAGGUACCCCUGACCUUGAAUGAGUCACACACAUGUGUAUAUACACACACACAUUCCCAUCAUUGUGUAGACAGGACAGUUAUUGCUUAUAUUAAUCUUCCUGUUUGCGGGGGGAGGCUAAAUGUUUUAAGCUGUGGUUUUACAAACAAAGAUAGAAGUAAACUUAAUUACUUUUUUAUUUGAGGAAGAUAUUAUUUGAAAUCUAUUUUGAAGAAUUGCACUAUUUAAUAAUGCUGCUAUUACAUAAUAUAACUCUGGGGAAUUUAUUUCAUCAGAUAAGAUGAAUGGCUUUCCAGAAGGUGUUUUUUCUUCUCUUUUACAUUUCACCUUAAGAAAAAAAGCCACCCAUAUUCAAGAGGUUGGUUUGUCAAAAUCAGUGAGUUUGAUUAGUUUCUAGGCGGUUGUGUAGCUACUACUUUAGCAAAAAUGCUUUCUUUGUGGCCUUUGACAAAAGAGACAAGAGUGACCAAAUACAACUUCAGGGUGAUAAGUAUGGGAAAAACCUCUCUAUUGUAAGGGAAGAAACUUGAAUUAGUUAAACAUCUCUCAAAAACGGUUCAUACACGAAACAUAUGUACCAAUUCCAGUUUGCCUUGAAAUUAGGUUAAACAGUUAAAGCAGUGUUGUAAUAAUAAAAAAGGAUUAAACUAAGUCUGGAGCCUUUUAGGAAGGAACCCUGUUUGACACUUAACAUGACCAUUGUGAGUCCUACUAACAUCCACUGCCCUGUGUACAUGAUAAGAGGGUGUUAAAAUCAUCCUGAGAAAAUGGCUUUUUCUCCUGUUUUCUGGAAGAAAAAAGAUCAGUGUUCAGGUGAUUCAUAUUUGCUAACUUUUUUUUUCUAUUUUUGUUUCUCUAUGUUUUUGUUCAAAAGGCUAGUUAUUCUCGAAGGCUUACGUUUAUUAAAUAUCAAAUUGAGGUUACUUUUUUAAAAUAAAGAAGCCAAGUUUGUCAUGCUGUUCUAGUCAGCUCCAAAAACCUUUCUCUCAGAAAAAAAGUACUGUUUAUUUGCAUCCAUUUAUUUUGAUUCUGUUGUUAAAUUAUCUGACUUUAUAAAAAAAAAUAUAAACUUUCUCUUGCCUUAAGAUGUAACAUGUUCACACCUGAAACUAUUGCAACAUUGUGUCUCAACUAUGUUUCAAUUUUUAAAAAGGUCACAUUUUCUACUUAAAUGAUUACCUAAAGAGUGGUUAUUUACAUCACAAAAGAAUUAGUUUAUUAUCCCUUUAAGCCUACGAAAUAGGAAUGCCAAAGUAACAUUUAAUAUACUUCUCUGUGACCUUUCAUAAUCAAAUUUUAAAUUAUGUUCGUGACAUAAUUUGGUUUUAUUUUAAUUAAUAUGAACACAUAGGAAAUUAUUUGGAGUAUAUAUUUCAAAGUGAUUAUAAGAAUGAGGCUGAAUUCAAAUCUUUUGUUUUUUGCUUGGAUUAAUCAUAUUUAGAAAUUUCUCUAAGUGAGACUCAAGGAUUUGUAUAAUCUAUGAUUAAUGGAAAUAAGGGCAUUCUUUCUUUGUUCCUAAUGAUUGUUAUGUUAUCAUUUUGCUUAGUUUGAGAACAAUCAUGUAUUAUCUUUACUUGGCUGAUAUUAGUAAAUGUGUCUAUUUCCUAAAUGUAAGGACUGUACUUACUAAUUUAUGUAAAAGUGAAGCUCUACAGUAGCAGAAAAAAAAAAUAGCACUGGCUCUUUAGCCAAAAUAAAACUCUGUAACAUGGAUGUAUCUCUACUACUGCCAAAUAAAGAAUUGAUGGUACAUCUUA